AUGAUCGUGUCCUUUGUUGUCGGUUUGUUGCUUCCAUCUGCAUGGGCUGCUGAAUGUUCGAUCAGCAACGAGGAUGUUUCUGCGGAGAUAGAGGCAGUAGGCGACGAUGUAAAAGUUACAUUUAUAAAUCCGAAAAUCGCAACCGGUAAAUGGACAGCAAUUGCUUUCGGCGACAAAAUGAAAGACCUCGAGGUGGUUAUCGUGAAAGUCGAAGAGUCCCCCAAAGCGGUCACCGGCUUUACAAAGCAAUAUGGCCCUCCAACAUUGGAUGAAGAAGCCAGCGUCAAAACGGAACAACUUACUUUUAAAAAUGGUAAUCUAACAUUUCAAUUCACACGUCCGUUAGGGAAAAAUGGACCUAGAGAGCAUUCGUUGGAAGGGUGUCAAACGUGGAACUUUGUGAAGGAAGGACCACUCGAGAAGGGAGCAAUCAAAGGCCAUAAAGGAUCGAAGAUCCAUAAGAUUGAAGUUUGUCCGGGAAACUGCAAGGAAGAAGAAGGCACAAAGAAACCUGAUCUUCGACAGAUGAUUGUACUCUUCGUUGUCGGCCUUUUAGUUCCAUCUGUAUGGGCCGGUGAAUGUUCCAUCAGUAGCGGAGACAUUUCAGCUGAGAUUAGGGCUGAAGGCGACAGAGUAAAAGUGAAAUUUGUAAAUCCGAAUAUCGCCAAUGAUAAGUGGACAGGAGUCGCGUUCGGCAAGAAAAUGGUACGUAGUUAA